AGUGCGAAGUGAGACGUCGGUUUCGGUGCACGCGGCCGCACGCCCGCCCGCUGUAUUCCGAUUUUCCAGUGGGGAAACGGAACGUUUUCCUCUAUUCUCACAUAAAUAUAGAGACUGUGCAUAGACGGAAUAAAAUGAAGCUUUCUUUUUAUUGGAAUAAUUGGUUAUGACGUCGAAGCAUAGAACGGGAUGAACAUAAUUUAGAACAAAUCUAUUGUCACUGCAGUGCCGAUGACCAGUCUUGGUGGGGUGACAGUGGACCGCGAGCAUGGCGAACGCGACCGACGCGUACUGCGUGCCCGGGGCCACCGACUUCAACAAGGCGUACAGCCGAGUCCACGGGUACAUCGCUCUGGUGAUUUGUAUCGUGGGCUCCGCGACCAACUCGAUCAACAUCGCUGUGCUCAGCCGACGGGAGAUGCUGAGCUCCACCAACUCCAUCCUCACCGGACUAGCCGUCGCCGACCUCCUCGUCAUGCUCGAGUAUAUUCCGUACGCGCUGCAUAUGAACAUAAAGAUUGGACCGCAAGUCAACAAAAAUACAUAUGCCUGGGCUGUCUUCGUCUAUUUUCAUUCCAUAUUUAGUCAAACAUUUCACACGAUAUCGAUUUGGCUAGCCGUAACUCUAGCAGUGUGGCGAUACGUUGCAAUAGCUUAUCCACAACGAAAUAGGACAUGGUGCAGUAAACGAAACACAACGUUAGCUAUUGUGAGUGCAUACGUGAUAUGCCCAUUUUUGUGUCUUCCUAUUUAUUUCGCGAUGAAUAUUGUUUCAAGUGAAGUGACGCCGCAAAAUAAUUCUGAAUUUGCGGAGGACUUGUCUUUGCCGCAUAAUCGGACCGUUUACGUGUUAGAGAUGUCAAGGAAUGAGGAACUAGUCACUGCAAUUAUGUGGAUUUACAGUGUUAUAUUAAAACUAGUUCCGAGCAUAGCUUUGUCGAUAUUGAGUACGUGUUUAAUAUCGAAGUUAACUACUACUGAACGGAGAAGGCAGAAACUUCUAAAGCGCUCCACGGUCGGACCAAAUGAGCCCGAGAAGCAAUGCCUGGCGGAGGAGACGUGCGCGCGCCGGUCGAGUCGCACAGACCGCACCACGCGCAUGCUGCUUGCGGUUUUGGGCCUUUUCCUCUCUACAGAGGUUCCACAAGGAUUAUUGGGACUAGCCAGUGCGCUAGCUCCGAACUUCUUCAAAAACUGCUACGCAAUGUUCGGAGAUCUAAUGGACAUGCUGGCGCUAUUCACUUCAUCGGUGAAUUUUGUACUCUACUGCAGCAUGAGUAGACAGUUUCGAUGCACCUUCGCCAGACUGGCUCGAGGCAUGCUGUCAGCUUCAGAAGAACCCGCCAAAUUCGCUGCAAAGUUGGAGCCCACCACACAGGUAAAUUUUCAAGUCACCGGGCCGCUAUAGCGACAGAUCCCCGCCCUCAUCAGGGUGGUGGAGGAGAGUAUCAUUUAAGUAUUAAGGUAACUACGCUCUCUAAGUGAAUCAGUUUUAAUAUUUAAUUAACUAUAAUUCUAGUAUAAAUGUAUUUGAUAUAAGGCAAUAGUUAAGUAAGAAAUGUCUAUUAAUGGAAGCUUUUGGUAGUUAUUGCGUCUAAUGAGCCAUGACGCAAGAACUAAACAAAGCAAUUGUAAAUAUUUGAAGAUAUUUUUAAUAUCUCUAUCGUAUAGUAGUUGUUUACUUAGGGUCCAAAUAUUGAUCUUUUACUGAACAUAAUAACUUACGACCUUGUAAAUAAAACUAAAUAAUGUUUGAAUUUAUUAAGACAUAACGAAUGUUUAAAUUAUUAAAGUUAAAAAUAAUGUUACAAAUUUUGCAAAUUUGUAUUGUAUUUUUGAUUACAUUGUCUUCGUAAGUGUAAUUAUUGUGAACCAUUGUAAAAUAUUAAGCAUUUAUAAAUUAUAUUAAUUUAAUGCAGAUCUGUAUUUGUUAAUCUGACUUCGAAUAACAUCUUAUUUUAAA